AUGUUUUGCAGAAGAAUUGGUGUUAUCGCUCUCCUGGGAGUAUUGGCACGUGGGUCGAAUGCUCAGAGCUCGAGCAUGGAUAUGUCGAGCUCCUCGAUGACAAUGGACAUGAGUUCAAGCAUGGAUAUGUCAAGCUCUUCAAUGACAAUGGAUAUGAGCUCUACCAUGGAUAUGUCAAGCACAUCGACGUCUACGCACAUGAGCUCUAGUAUGGACAUGUCAAGUUCCUCAACAAUGAUGGAAAUGAGUUCCGCGAUGAACUCCAUGACCAUGAGCUCUGAAUCGAGUUCAAUGUCAACCGGUUCUUCGAUGACAAUGGAUAUGUCUAGCACAUCCAUGAAUAUGGUCAUGAGUUCGACGAUGGCUUCUACCGCCACCAGCCCUGUCGUAUCGUCGUCCAGCACUUCGACGACUAUGGCUAUGGGAUCCGGGACCAGCACAAUGUCGAUGGACAUGUCUUCAAGUACUUCAACUAGCUCAAGCAUGGACAUGGAUAUGAAUAUGGCGAUGAAUUCCUAUCUCACACCAAAAUUCAAGGACUAUCCAGUUCUUUUUCAACAUUUGACCGCCAAAGAUAAAGGUGGAGCAUUUGGUAUUUUUGUUCUGAUUGUAGUCGUGGCCUUCGUUUAUAAGUUUUUGCUAUUCACCAGUUGGUGUUUAGAGGUGAAGUGGUUCAAGCAAUGGAAUCCCAAAGCAUCGAACCGGGAUGCCUCCAAUCCUCUUCAGGAAUCCUCUGACUCCUCUUCUCAAUUAACGGCUAAUAAUUAUGGGCAGGAUCUUGAAUUUCAAACACAGUUUUUGCCUAAGGUCCCAAACUUGUUCAUGGACUUUGCUUCUCCCUCAAGCAUAGAGCUUUCUCACGAUUUCAUUAGACUUUUGUUAACAUUCACGUCUACAAUGUUCAUUUACAUGCUGAUGCUUGUUACGAUGUCAUUUGUGCUAACGUAUGUUUUUGGUGUAAUCUUAGGAUUAGCACUUGCUGAGGUGUUCUUUAACAGAUGGAAGAUGUGUCUCAUCUCCAGAUGGAAUUUACAGAGAGAGAUCGAAAGAAGACGUAACUGUAAAGGCGGUAGCAGUUGCUUCUGUGGUCAACAUAGAGAGACCGAUCGCGAAGCUAGCGAUGGCGCAUCAGUCACUCCUGUCCCGACCACAAAAAUCCCAGGUGGAGGAUGCUGUUCGAAACAAAAGAGUGCAUCUGAUGAGCCACCUAUAUCUGACUGCUGUUGUGUGCCGGAAAAAGGUGAAGAGGAUGAAGCAAAAUGCGAUUGUGACAAUGACUCCAUAGCCGAAGAAGCCGAACAGGAACGCCAAGCCAUGGAAAUUUCAAACCAGAAAGAGCAGGCUGGCACUAUGGAUGUAAAUUUAACGCCUGCUGAGAAAUUUAUAUAA